AUGGACAAUUACUGCGAGACUCAUCAUUCCAGCCCUGACGCUGCAGAGCCGGCUGAAGGGUCACACGAUGUUGAGCAUGUGGCCCUCCGAUCGCUCGCCGUGGUUGUGUUCCUUUGCGGACUGGUGGAAAAUGGAAUCGUGAUCUGGUUUGUCUGUCUGUCUCACAAGAAGACCUCCUUCCUCAUCUACAGCCUCAAUCUGGCCAUUGCGGACUUCAUGAACCUCGGCUUCCAGAUCCUGUUUUCUGUCCGCCAAAUCCUGAAGCCGUUCCUCCACCGUUGCUUUGGUCUUCACGCCCUCUUCAUGGUCCUGAGGUGGUUCUUCUACCUCACUGGUCUGGGCAUCAUGACCGCCAUCAGCUUCCAGCGCUGUCUGUCCGCCGUCUUCCCUAUCUGGUAUCGGUGUCAUUGCCCCAAGCACCUGUUGGCCAUUGUGAGUGCGCUCCUUUGGAUUCUGACCUUUCUGUUAAAUACGCUGAGAGGUUAUGCCUGCGGCCAGCUAUUUACCAGGGAGGAAAAGUUCUGUGACGAAUUUAAGACUGCCACCGCCGCGUCGCUCUUCCUCCAGUUCUCCAUCCUGGGCAUAUCCAGUCUGCUGUUGCUCCGGUGAGUCCAGGCCAGCUCCCAGAAGCAUCAGCCCAGAAAGUUCCACCGGGUCCUCCUGCUCUUGUUCCUGGGCUUCCUCCUCGGCCUGCCCCUCAGCAUCAUCCGGUUCUGUACAACCGAGAAAAUUCACGUCUUCAAUGACAUCUGUGUUCUCUUGUCCUGUAUCAACAGCACGGCCAACCCUGCCAUUUACGUCUUCACUGGGAGCCUUCAGAGGGAGCAGUCGACGGAGACCCUCAAGGUGGUCCUUCAGAGAGCCCUGGGUGAGGAGACGGAGGAUGCUGAGGACCAGAAAGUGACUCCAACUGGCAAGACGGAGAGCGUGGGCCUCUGA